ACUGAGUAGCCCUUAUGACCAACAUGAGCUGGAGCUUUCUCACCCGCCUGCUAGAAGAGAUUCACAAUCACUCCACCUUCGUGGGGAAGGUCUGGCUCACCGUGCUCAUCGUCUUCCGCAUUGUCUUGACAGCGGUGGGGGGGGAGUCCAUCUACUCCGAUGAGCAGAGCAAGUUCACCUGUAACACCAAACAGCCCGGCUGCGACAACGUCUGUUAUGAUGCCUUUGCGCCGCUGUCACACGUCAGGUUCUGGGUCUUCCAGAUCAUCAUGAUAUCCACCCCUUCGGUCAUGUACCUGGGCUAUGCCAUCCACAGGAUCGCCCGGUCGGCGGAGGAGGAGAAGAAGUUCAAGGGAUUCAAGAAGAAGAAGCAGUUUGCUUUGAACUGGCAGGCAGUGCGCAACAUGGAGGACCCGAUGGAAGCUGACGAAGAGGAGCCCAUGAUCUCUGACGACACGGCAGAACACGAGAAAGCCAAAGCCAAGCCCAAGAGCAAAGAGCAACAAAAGCACGAUGGGAGGAGGCGCAUCCAGCAAGAAGGAUUGAUGAAAAUCUAUGUCUUCCAGCUACUUACCAGAGCUUCGUUUGAAGUUUGCUUUUUGAUAGGGCAGUAUUUGCUCUAUGGUUUUGAGGUAGAAGCCUAUUAUGUCUGCAACAGAGUCCCUUGCCCUCACACCGUGGACUGCUUUGUGUCCCGGCCAACAGAGAAGACCAUCUUUCUCCUGGUGAUGUAUGUUGUCAGCUGCCUGUGCUUAUUGCUGAACAUGUGUGAGAUGUUUCACCUGGGGUUUGGGACCAUCCGAGAUGCCAUUCGCAACCGGAAAAUCAACAGCUUUAGGCAGCCUCCCUACAACUAUGCCUACGCAAAGAACAUCUCCUGCCCUCCCGAGUACAACCUGGUAGUGAAAUCAGAGAAGUCCACCAAGAUCCCCAACAGCCUGAUGGCUCACGAGCAGAAUUUGGCUAACGUCGCUCAGGAACAGCAAUGCACCAGCCCGGACGAGAACCUCCCAGCAGACUUGUCCACCCUUCACAAACACUUGCGAGUGGCCCAGGAGCAGUUAGACAUAGCAUUUCAGAGCUACAGCAGCACCCAGGGCAACACACAACCUUCUCGAACGAGCAGUCCUGCCUCGGGUGGCACAGUGGUCGAGCAGAACAGGGCCAACACCGCCCAGGAGAAACAAGGUGCUAAACCCAAGGCCAGCUUGGAGAAAGGGAGCUCAAGCAGUAAAGAUGGAAAGACAUCUGUAUGGAUAUAG